AUGAAGUAGAAUCAAUAAUGGCUAUGUUAAUAAACUAUCACAGAUCAUACUAGUAGUGUAUAUGGAUUAAGUAUAAAUUAACAAUAGAAUAAAGUGAUUUCAUGUGGAUGUGAUGGAUAAAUAUUAAUAAUAGAACAAUCAUAAUAGGAUUCUAAAUGGAUUGUAAUCUAAAAGAUAAAGGUUGAAACAUAUGGUUAAAGAAUAUGCUUUAUAAAUGAUAAUGUAUUCAUAUUUUAACCAUAUUGUAAAGAAUAAAUGCAUGUUUAUGAAAUGAAUAAUAUUAAUAAAUAGUAUUUAAAGACAAAAGAUAUUAUUGUUAAAGGUGGUACAAUUGAUAAUUGUUUAUUUCCUUAAUAGUAUAUAAAAUCAAAAUGCCUGGUUGUAAAUAGAAAUGGAAAGUAUGUGAAUUUGAUAAGGACAAAGGAAAAUGGAGAGUUUAAAACUGAAUAAUCCAUUGAAUUUGGAAAUUAUAAUUUAUUUGGAUGUAUGAGUGAUGAUGGGUAGUAUUUAAUAACUUGGGAUUAUAGUUCAAAUGAAAUUCAGAUUAGAAAAUACAAUGAAAUAUGA